AAAAAAGUGUCUGUGAGCAGUCCACUAGUGAAACCCUUGAACCUAUUAUUCGCGCCUCGUCAUCUUGACCUCGCCUCUCUUCCCUCCUCCCUGGUUCGAGUGCUCCUCUCGUCCGUCGUAUUCGUCUUUUGCCUGCGCCUCAGGUUGCUUCGUUAACAGAGGUUUAUCAUUAUACGCAUAAUUCAGAAUUCCUCCUAAUUCAAAUAAAAUUCGACAAUGCCCGAUUUGGAAUCAAAUUCCAAGACGCAAAGCCGUAAGCGAAAGCAGAAAAUCGAUGAUGAAUCCCAAAAACCUUCUAAACUGCAUCGUUUGGAGAAGUCUCAGGACCCUGGGAAUUUUUCCACUCCUUGGAACAAUCUUCAAUUGAUACUCUGCAUCCAAGACAAACACCUUGAUCUUCAAAGUAAGGUCAAUCAAGCAUUCAGUUUUGUUCAUUCAAGGGUGGAUGAUGGUGUUGACAAUGAUCAGCAUUGUGAAACUAUAAAACUACCAAGACUACUAUGUUACCUUAAUGAGUGGAUCCUGACAGUGUUGUUCCCUCCAAAUGGGAAGGAAAACUGGGGCGAUGGGAAAACACCCAAGCUUGAUGGAAUUGAGGCAUAUAUGGAUCUUCGUUGUUGGGAGAUUUUCAAGUUUUGCUUGCAGGAGUCUUUGAAGAUUCAUGUCUCUCUGAAUAUGUCGCGAAACAUUCUACAGACUGUUCAAUUUAUUGUCAGAAAUAGUCUGUUCCUGCUAGAGGACUUAUCUACAUGUUCAGGAGAAGAUUUUAAAUCUGAUGAAAAGUUUAAACGGUAUGAUACUGCUCUUGAUUGUGUUUCGUUGGUGUUCUCAUCCCAUGGUGGUUUGUCAAAUGAAAAUUUGGACUUAUGGGUUGAAACGACUGGAGCAGCGGUUGAGCUCGUCCUAAAAAUACAUGGCAAGAACCUUGACGGAAGCUGUGUGGGUUCUUUUGCAUUACGCUCUUUGUGGUUGGUGCUUCAGCCUUUCUCCAUGUUUUUGAGGGUCCAUCCAGCUAGGAAAGGAUUUCAAAAUUUUGUGGAUAAACUUCUCGAGCCAUUGUUGCAAUUGUCAGGCGAGUUGCAACUUCGGGUUAAUGGAAGAGAUCCCAUUUGGACAGGGAGAUUGAUGAAGGUGGUGGAAGAAGUUCUUACUCAUGGACUUUUUCACCCAGUUCAUAUUGAUGAAUUUUUAAGCUUAAACGGUUCAGAAAAGUAUGUCGCUUCAUGUGAUGAUAAACCUAAAGAUUCAAAAGCCUCUAUUAAGAGUUAUCAUAGACAUUUGUUUGAUGUGCUGAACAAAAUUAUAUCCAGAAAGAAUGCUAUAGCAAUGGGUAGCUUAGGUUUGUUAUUUCGCUUGUAUGCUGAUUCUGCAAGAAAGUUCAAGGGAACUUCAGUUUUGUAUGAAGGGAACAAUACAAUGGAGAAAAUAAAUGAUUUAAGGCAACCUGUGUCAGGAGAAACUUCUAGCUCUAAUAAUAUUUCUGUAGAUACUCAAAAAUCCCUUUUUAAUUUUUUGGUACUGAUUAUGGAGCCUCUUUUGCUUGAGAUUAAUACCUGUCUCCAAGCUAAAAUAGAUGCCGAACUGCUUUUUUCUGAUCUUUUUGGUAUACUGAAGUCUAUUGGUAAUUUGCUUGCUAGUUUUCUGCAAGAGAAAGUAUAUGUAAAAACAGAGGACACAUCUGGAGGAGCUUGUCUUAAUUUCUUGAAGAAAAUAUUCAGUUCAUUGAUAGCUAGUUCCACUAGUGUACUCUGCUUGUCCAACUAUGAUACAAAUAACAUGAAGGGGGCGGAAACAUUUAUUUUAGCAGCUAACGAGAUAUUAGUUGCAAUGGGUUAUCUUUUGGAAAUUGAAUAUGAGGUUAUUGGAGAAGAUUUGGUGAAUUUAUGGUUUAUUUUGUUAUCAUACUCUGCCAUCAAUUGCAAUUUGUCAAAUGCUUUUGAUCGAUGCUCAUUAUCUUCCACCAUUCCUGACUUGGGGUGCCAAAUAAUUAAUCUCUACAGUCAACUUCGCCAGGUACAAAUUGCCAUCUUAACAUUGUGCAAAGCACUUAGGCUUUUGACUUGUGAUGCUGAAGAAAGUUCUUCUAAGUUCUUGACAUUUAUAUCUAAUGAUGUUUAUUCCGAAUCAGUUGAAAGGAUGUUAUCUUCACAUAAGUUCAUCCACACCAUUUAUAAAGCCAUGGAAUCUAUUCCAGAAGGGCAAGUGAGUGGUUUUAUUAAACAGAUAACAGAUGAUAUAUCUGAAACUCUUAGGUGGAUGAAAGACUGCUCUCCAUUGGUUGAUAAAAACAAAUUACGGAUGAUUAAUCUGCAGGCAGAGCUCCUGGGUAGAGGGCUCUCUAGACUGUAUUCUUUAGUGCUUGAUUCAGCCACUAUAACUGAAGGCAAUAGCAAUCUUCUUGGAGUUGCUGUUAAAGAACUUAUGUCAUUGUUGCGUCCCUACUUGAGUAUUCUAGUUAUACAACAAACAGAUACUAUUUGCAAGUUUUUUUCAUCUGUAAUAGGAGAAACUGUUGAUCAGGUUGUUGGAAAGGGAAAGGUUUUGAAGAAAUUUGGUAGGUCCAGUCAAUGGGUCUUUGUGUUCUUUUUUCAGUUGUUUGCAUCCAGCCGAAGCUUGCUUAGGCAAGCAAUCAGCCUUAUGCCUCCCAGUUUAUCAAAAAAAGUGUCUGCCGAGAUGGGGGAUUACUCAGCAUAUUCUGCCUUUGAGUUGAUGGAGAAGACUGAUGAGACUGACAUCAGUUUCUUUUCAUGGAUUGUCCAACCUUCUGCUUCCCUUCUUGUUGUUAUGCAAUUAAUUUCAGACUUCUAUCUAAAGUAUGGCUUCGACGAUUCUUCCCCUCUGGUUUAUAUAUUUCAGUCUAUGGCUCUUCAGAGGCUUGUUGACUUGAAUAGGCACAUUAUAUUGUUGAAUUAUUUGCAAAAGAAACAUUAUAAAUCACGAAUCAAGGCCUUGAAGGAAGAAGCUACUGGACUUACUAGUUUUAUCAUGGAAAACUUAUCAUGUGUGUAUCAAUCCCCGAUCUUUGUUUCUGAUGAUGUAAAAUGUGAAGAUUUAGUUUCUUUGGCUCCUCAAAUCAACAAAUGGAAUCAGGGAAUUUAUGUUGCUAACAAAAAUUCAUUGCCAAUAGCCAUUUGGUCAAAUCUCUGCAAAAAUAUUGAUAUUUGGGGAAACCAUGGUUCCAAGAAACAGUUGAAAAAAUUCUUCUCACAUUUACUUCGUACUUCCCUUCACUGUGCAUCAAGCAGUUUGCAUGACCUAGACAUGCAAGAUGAGUGUAAGCUACUCAAGAGAGUCACCUUGCCGCAUAUAUCAUUAGACCUUCUAAGUGAUUCAAUUUUGUACGAACAAAAGUUUGUCCACAGGAAUCUAGCCACAAUCUUUUGCAGUGCUUUAGAGAAAUCUGUAUUACCAUUGUUUAGUAAUAUUGCAUGUACUGCUGUCGAGCUUCAGUCAGCACCUAACUGGAUAGAGUGUUUAAGUGCCCUCGACAACUCAGCACUUGUAAAAAAUAAAGAGGUUCCAGUUGAAAAGCUAGCCGCCCAUUCAUCUGACAAGCUUAAUGCAGAUAUCAGCAGCAGAGAAAAUGCCUCCCCUCUUACCAUCAAAAGUUUCACAGAUUGCCACCAUUUGCUUAAUCUCUUAUCUUUGAUGGUCGAUGUAAAUGCAGGAUCAUCUUCACAUAUUGUGACUAGUAUUUUCAACCUUGAAAGGCUUCUUGUAAAUGCCUUGGUGUAUUUUCAGAGCACAGUGUACCAGGACUACUAUUGUGAGUAUUUGAGAUUAUUUGUCUCUUGCCGGAAGGCCUUAAGAUAUAUAUUAGUGGGAUUAUGUGAGAAGACAGACACCAUCCAAUCCUCACCAAAUUCGGUUAUUUCUGAAAGUUCAUUUCCUGUUUUGUGGCUUUCAAAGUCUUUAUAUGUGACUGUUGGAAUUCGCGAUAUUUUCUCAGCAGAAAAUGUUCUAUCUAAAUCUUUGAUGUUUUCUUUAAUGGAUCACACCUCGUAUGCCUUGUUGGGCAUUGGAAAACGUCAAAUUAUCCAUGCUUUUUCCAUUGAUAAAGAAGCUGAGAUGCCUUGCGAAGAAAUCUCUGAUCACAAAAUUAGUCAUGGAGAGAAUGAUUUGCUUUCAUCUUCUCCAUAUGUAGAUUCUUCCAAGCUUGAGGCAUUGAAAUGUUUAACCUUUAUGGCUGAGAAUUUGAAAGAGCUGAUGCAAAACGUGCUUGUUUCUCAAAAGGAUAACCCUUGCUGUGUCAAUGUGGGACAUUGUCUUACUUUGGAAAACAUUAAUAGACUGUCUGCUGCAGUUUCAUGCUUUAGUGGGGUUUUGUGGGGCCUAACAUCUGCCCUGGGCCAAACAGAUGCUAAAGAUAGCAGCCAUAUAGAAAAAGUGUUGACGUGGAAACGCGAACAUGGCUCUGAACUAAAUAGUUGUAUAUUUUCUUUUGUGGAAGUUGUUGAUUUUUUCAUAAACAAAAUUCUCUGUGAGAAUAAUCAACUCUCUGAAAGUUUACAUGAUACCCAGAGUUUUGAAAAUCCAGUGUUCAACUUAUCUUUGUCUGGUACAGAGUAUUUGUCACCAGAAUGUGCAGUUUCUAAGGCUAAUGCCUCAGCUGGAACACAAAUAGAAUCUAAAGCGGAAGCUAUUUGCUCCACUUCAUCAGCAAUUGAUGAUGUCUCCAGACGUGACAGUGAUGUUGAAAGAAUGUUAAAUUCAGAAAGUGUAAACUUUGUUGCCAGUGUUUUGGCUAGGGAUGAUUCCCCUGAGUCACUGGGUCUGAAUAAACCUUUGUUACAAAGCUUGGUAAAAGGUGAUAAUCCUGAAGUAGCUUUUUUGCUAAGACAACUGUUAAUAGCUUCGUCGUCUCUUUUGAGGCUAAAUUUGCAGAAGGAUGAUUCGCCAUUGCCUUCAAGUUUUGUGCCUACUUUUAUCAAAAUCUCACAAAUCUUGUUAUUAGAAUUUACAGAGAUGGUUGGGGUCCCACAACAACCUGCUUUUCUUUUGUUAGAUGGUGCUCUCAGCUAUUUGAGAGAAUUAGCAAGUUAUUUUCGAUUCAUUGAUCCUACCUCAUCGAGUAAAGUUUAUACAAAAUUAGUACAGAUUCAUAUGAGGGCAAUAGGCAAGUCCAUAUUGUUGCAAGGAAAAAGGGCAACGCUAACCUUACACGAAAGACAGUCAAGUACGAAGACACUACAUAAAGGAUCAUUUGAAGCUUGCUCUUCUAAUGAAAUGUAUGAUUUUUGCUUGGAUGAAUUGAAAACUAGGCUGCGGGUGUCUUUCAAAGCAUAUUUAGAGAGGCAAUCAGAGUUGCAUCUUUUGUCUACUAUACAGGCCAUUGAGAGAGCUCUAGUUGGAGUACAAGAAGGAUGUACUGCAAUCUAUGACAUAAAAACAAGUAAAGAUGGGGGAGAAAUUUCGUCACUUGUGGCAGCUGGCAUUGAUUGCUUUGACAUGAUUAUUGACUUUGUUUCAGGUCGGAAAAGCUUGAAGCUGAUCAAAAGACACUGUCAAAGCUUAGUAUCUUCUGUUUUCAGCAUUAUUGCGCAUUUACAGAGCCCACGUAUAUUUUAUGUUAACUUGAGAUGUAGAACAGUUGAUGGUACUCCUGAUCCUGGGUCAGCCAUUCUCAUGUGUGUUGAAGUGCUAGCUACAAUCUCAAGGAAACUUGGUCUAUUCUCAAUGGAUGUGUGGCAUGUAGGUCACAUGCUACAUAUCCCUGCAGCACUCUUUCAGAAUUUUCAUCAGCAUAGAAUUUCUAAAGCUUCUCGUUCAUCAUAUACAUUGAUGAUAUCAGAAGAGCAAAUAUCUCAUCCAGCAGAGGGAGUGAAUUUAUGUCAUGUAGAUCACCAGUUCACAAUUAACCUAUUUGUUGCAUGUUGUCAACUAUUGUGUACCAUUAUAAGGCAUCGUCCAAGUGAGUGCAAGCAGUGUGUUGCUCAUCUAGAAGCUUCUGUUACUGUUCUUCUUAAUUGCUUGGAGACAGUUUUAGAGAACAACUCAAUGGUGAGUGAAGGUUGCUUUUCAUGGGAAGUAGAAGAGGGAGUGAAAUGUGCUUGUUUUCUACGAAGAAUUUAUGAAGAGAUAAAACAGCAGAAAGAUAUAUUUGGUCGUCAAUGUUGUCUGUUUUUAUCCAACUAUAUAUCGGUUUAUUCAGGAUAUGGUCCCAGCAGAAGUGGUAUUAGAAGAGAAAUAGAUGAAGCUUUAAGACCAGGUGUCUAUGCUUUGAUAGAUGCUUGCUCAGUUGAUGAUCUUCAAUAUCUUCAUACUGUUUUUGGAGAGGGACCUUGCAGAAAUACCUUGGCAACUCUUCAACAUGAUUACAAACUCAAUUUUAAAUAUGAAGGAAAAGUGUGACCUUGAAAUUCUGUUGAAGGUAAAUUUUUGUGCCUCAUUUUAUUCCCACAGAACGCUUUCCACAGAUAUUGAUAACUUAAUGAAUGUUUCAACUAAUAUUCAUGGAAAGCUAUCGUUGUUCUAGUGAGGAACUUAGUAUAUGCCAAUUUUGUACGUUGUGGCAUUGAAAUCACGAGGUUCAGCUGUAAUUAGUUCGAUACUAUCAUAGAUAAUUACUUAGCUGGUUCUUGUAUUUAUUUUUCAAUUGUAGUUUGAAGAUAACUUAAACUAAGUUGCCUAAACCUUUUUGUUGACUAAUUUAGAGUUUUGUGACAAAAUGGUGCUUGUACGAUCAAUUCAGUGGCAACAUAAGCAAUUCAAAUGUGCAGAAAUCGGUUUACUUUGGCUGGAGUCUAUGUUAUUUGGUGCCAUGUUUAAUUGUAGGCAAUGAGCUAUAUCAACAGCUGAUUUCUUGUAGGCCAUAUACUUCCAAAUAGGAUUAACAUUUAAUAUCCAAACUUAUUUUAAUUCCAACUGUUUUAUGGA